GCAGCGCAGCUCCUUUGAGCCUAUAAUGUGGAAAUUACGUAUGUUCUUUUAGCCUCAGUAAACUGAUGAAAAUGCGUAAAAUAAAAAUUUUUCAAGGACUAUACAUAUUUUUCAGACUAAUGGAUCACUAGAGCAAAAACCUGUCUUAUAUAUUUCUACAUUCUCAAAAGAUAUUUUUUUCUUUUUCUGGGCGCCUUUUCUCUUUCGUAUCUUUACUAUUUUUUCAUUUUAUUUGUAUUGUCGUUAUUUUUUAUCAUUUAAUAUUUUCAUUUUUUUUCUAAUCAAUAAUUGGUUGCUACUGUUUGUAAUGAUCUCCCCCCCUUGGUGGUCUUCAAUUAGUGAUGUCAAAUACUCAUUAAUAUCCGUAAUGGGGAGGUUGUAAGCCACAAAAAUCUCGCUUUUAAACUUACAUUCACCAUUUUAUUCAAUAAUGUAUGUGAGUUUCACGAAAUUUGAAAUAUAGUAAAAUAUGAUACAUAUUAAUCGAGUUAUUCAUAUGCAAAAUCAACGUAGUUCAUAGUAGAAAAUUAGAACUGUUGGAUUCAAUAUAUUGGAUUAAUUAAAGUCCAGCAUUAUUGGAAUGGGUAGCAUUCUUAUCAUGCAAUUUGAUUUAGCUUUGUUUAGUAUUGAAAAGAUGAUUAGUUUAUUUAAUUAUACACUUAUUAUAUAUAAUCAUGUGAACGUUUGCGACUGAUAAAAUUAUUAAAAUAUCACCUAAUGUCACAUUUUAAGUGUUCCAAUAAAUACAGUGUGAAAUGUUCGUUAACUAAAAACAAUGUCCAACUUAAAAUUUAAGUAUGAAUUAAUUUUUUAGUGAACGUUAGCUCUUAACAAAAUUUUUUUCAGUAUUGAAAAACCUAUAUUUAGUACUGAUUCAUCUGCAGUGAUAUUCAACAGUGGAUUUGUAAAAACAAUACUUGUUCAGCUUUGACACUUAUAAAGUCGUGCCCAAUUUAAUUUUAUAAGUUUUUAUUUAUUUUGCUUUUGCUUUUUCCUUUAUUUACUGUUCAGAAUCGGUGGACGUACGUUUGGAGUCUGUUUUUGAUUGGUUUUCACGCAUACAAGUCGAUACGCUUGUGGGUGUGGAUAAAGAGAACACAAUAUCCACCUUCACACCGACACCCACACACCCACACCCGAAAUUCGAUUCACAAAAUAUUGAAUCCUCGAUUUUUUUAUGAAAUUUUUAUGAAUUGAUUUUUGUGCUCGUUAUAUAUAGUAAAAAUAAUUACUUUUUCUGUGUUGUCUGUUUUUAAUUUUUCAUACGUAGAGAAAAAGAUAACAUCCUAUCGAUGAACUGUCACAGGUAAUUGAUUUUCAUGGUCGUUAUAUAGAUAAGAAGAAAUAAUUUUAUUCACCCUUUUCUCUGCUUUUAAUUUUUCAUCGGCUAUGUCCAAAUUGCGAACAAAAAUUAAGCCAAUUAAGAAAAAAGUGUUCGCAAUUUGGAACACAGAAAAUAACGUUGAUCUUAUUUUUAUUGCGUUUCCAAAUUGCGAACACUUUUUAUAAUUAAGUAAUAUAGUUUUAAUUCUUUUUAUUUGGCAAGUCAAUACGAAUUUGCCAUUUGAAUAUAUAAUAAUAAAUGAGAAUAAUGAUGAGCGAAAAUAAAAAAUAAUAUAAUAAUUUUUUUCCUGUUUUUAAAUAUUUUUAUUAUUUGUAAGAAAAUACAAUAAUAACAAGAAAAAAAAAUUAUUAUAUUAUUUUUUAUUUUCUUUCAUCAUUAUUCUCAUUUAUUAUUAUAUAUUCAAAUUGCAAAUUUGUGUUGACUUAUCAAAUAAAAAGAAAUGAUACCAUUCUUAUUCUCAAACUUUUAUAUUUAUAUUAUUAAUAAAAUUGAAGUCAUAAUCAGCUAUUGCAAUAACUAAUUAAUCAAAGUGUUCGCAAUUUGGAAACGCAAUAAAAAUAAGAUCAACGUUAUUUUUGUGUUCCAAAUUGCGAACACUUUUUUCUUAAUUGGCUUAAUUUUUGUUCGCAAUUUGGAAGCUACGUUUUUCAUCUGUAGAGAAAAAGAGAAUACUCUAUCGAGCGACCGUCACAAUUAAUUAAUUUUCGUCCGCGUUAUAUAGAGAAGGAAAAAUAAUUAUCAUUGCUGUCUUGUCUGCUUUUAAUUUUCAUACGCAGAGAAAAAGAGUAGAUCCUAUCGAUCGACCAUCACAAGUAAUUGAUUUUGAUGGUCUUUAUAGAGAGAAGAAAAAAUAAUUUUAUUCACUCUCUUCUCUACUUUUAAUUUUCAUACGCAGAUAAAAUAAGAGAGCAUUCUAUCGAUCGACUGUCACAGGUAAUUGAUUUUCGUCCUCGUUAUAGAGAGAAGAAAAAUUAAUUUUCUUCUCUGUAUCUGCUUCUGAUUUUUCUUCAUGAUCAAUACAAAAGAGAAGGGCCUAUCGAUGGAAAUAUCAUAGGUAACUGAUAUUCGUGUCUUUGAAGGGGGAGGGUAUCCCUCCAUAACAUACCCUCAAAUUUCGUUAGUUUGUAGAGUUAGACUCCAAGGGUCUACAGUUAAAAUAUCUCAUGGAUUGGAUGUUCUUUGGCUGAGUUAUAAAAAUAUCAAAAAUCGAAAAAAAAAUCGGUUUUUCCAGCUAUUUUGAUGUCAGCGGAAAAAGUAGUUCUUACCUCGUCCUCUACUCUUAUGAAGCCUUAGAAAAAAAUUUUGUCUUUCAAAACUUGUUCGCUAGAGUCGCCACUAUGAGAUGUCAUAUUUUUCUUUAAGAAAAAAACGUUUUCAUGAGGUUAGAGGCUCCAAGAUGUGUCUGAAAUGGAAACCCUUAGACUACGAAAAAUAGAGUUUUCGAGGGUGCUUAACUUUUUCGCUUUAGCAUCAUUAGUUUCAAUGAAAGUUUGUGUGUGCAAGUGAGUACCUAUUAUCUAUUUUGCCCCAAAACUUCAAGGUUUCAGCACGAUCCAUUCAAGAAUUAGCAAAUACCAUAUUAAUUCACAUUUACUAUACUAUCUGUUUCUAUAGAAUCUCCACCACUGUUUAUCAAAUAACUUUUGAUAGGAACAUCGUAGAGACCUGCUGUUUUCAGCAUUCGAAAGCUAAGUCACAGGGCUAUCUAUAAGUAUCAGAAUGUGAUUGGUCAGUUCUUGACUAAUCAGAUAACUUCUUGAUGGAAAGUUGCAAAAAUACAUUUUUGAGCCGUUUUCCUUCGAAUUUUCACUUAGAAUGCCGUGAAUCGGUAAAAACCACAGUUUUUCUUUAGAUCAAUGUCGAUUGGCAAUGUGAGUGUGGGUACGGGCGUGGGUGGGUGUGGAUAUGGAUAUGGGUGGGUAUGGGUGUGGGUGUGAGUGUUCUCUUAACUCUGACAUCCACACCCACACUCUCACUUUAUUUCCUAUUUAAAAAUGCUCUUCAAAACAAACUAAUCUUCAAUAUUUCACGAAAAUUUGUUUAAAAAAAAGCAAAUAUUCAGGCGGAGAAUGACGGAAUAGCAACGUGUUCGUUUCUCGAGAACUAGCAUUAUGUUCGGACCUUUUCUCCCACAGCAGCAUGUUUAUAUAAUUCCCUUCUGAUCUACACGUUUCAAGCAACUUAUUUGUCGAUGACCUAUGCAUUUUUCUUGUAUACCAAGGUGGUCCGAUGUUGAAAACCGCUGCUCAUGACUCAUGUAUCUUUACUCAUUGUUUUAUAUAGUUUAUGUUUGUACUUUACUUUCGUUUUUUAUAAGUUACUUGUAAUCAACACAUAGUUCCUUAAGGCCCAAUCGUGGGUAGAGAGUUAAAUAAACCGCAUGUAAGCAAAAGGAAAAUAUUCAUAGUAAAUGUUCAGAUGUCCAGUUUUGACGCAUUCCCUCUCUCCUUUACUUGGAUGUUGUUUUUGGAUGAUUCCUUAUUAAUUUUGGUAAAAUUUUACCUAAACAUGAAUUAGAAACAAGUUUUGAUCAUGCAAGACAAGCUGAUGUUUGUCUUCUCUUAGGUUCAUCAUUACGUGUAACACUAACAGCUCAUAUUCCAAUGAUAGCUGCUCAGCACGGUGGAAAAUUAGCCAUUGGUAAUUUCCAAUGA